GAAGGACACGGGGAACGCAACAUGGCUGUGGUCAUUGCCUCAUUGGAGUGAACCGGUGGUGGGCAGUGCGGAGUGCCAGCCCAGCCAGCAGUAACCGCCGAAGCAACCGGUGAGGAGGGAGGGGAGGGGCUGGCCGCAUCCACUCUCCCCUUCCACUUGCAGGCAUUGCCUGUUCUCCACUCCAGUUCCCAGCUCCGCAGCUCGAGGACGGAACGGAGGGAGAUAGGGCCAGGGGAAGGGACGGAGAGCCCCGUCUCCAAUUCACAACACUGCCACGGCCGGAGCCGGAGGAGGAAGGCGCCAGCCGUAGUCCACAGGCAACGCAAGGGAAUGCCACUGUUCUAGUCUCGCUCUCGCAGAUCUGCUCCGCCGCGCCCUGUUCACCGGGAAUUCUGGAGCUGAGGGCGCAGGUUCGAGCAGAAGCUCGGAGCAUGGCCAUGGCCGAGGGGGAGAAGCACCAUGCCCGGUGCCGGUGGUAGGUAGGGCUCUCUGAUAUCGCAGGCCUUUCACGCGGCCCGGCCCAAAGGCUUCCCGUCCGUACCGUCGGCUAGCCGAGGACGGAAACCGAGAUCGGGUGAUUGCUUGACUCGGGAGCUGAGCCGAGGUCGCAAUGGCGUCGUGGGACAACCUCGGAGAGCUCUCCAACAUCGCGCAGCUCACGGGGCUGGACGCCGUCAAGCUCAUUUCCCUCAUCGUCAGGGCGGCGUCCACGGCGCGGCUGCACAAGCGCAACUGCCGCCGCUUCGCGCAGCACCUCAAGCUCAUCGGCGGCCUGCUGGAGCAGCUCCGCGUGUCGGAGCUCAGGAAGUACCCGGAGACGCGGGAGCCGCUGGAGCAGCUCGAGGACGCGCUCCGCCGGGGCUACCUGCUCGUCAACUCCUGCCAGGACCGCUCCUACCUCUACCUCCUCGCCAUGGGCUGGAACAUCGUCUACCAGUUCCGCAAGGCGCAGAGCGAGAUCGACAAUUACCUCCGCCUCGUCCCGCUCAUCACGCUCGUCGACAAUGCCCGCAUUCGGGAUCGGCUUGAGUAUAUUGAGAGGGACCAAUGUGAAUAUUCCUUUGACGAGGAAGACAAGAAAGUGCAAGAUGCUCUUUUGAAUCCUGACCCUUGCUCGAAUCCUACAAUUGUGCUCAAGAAGACUCUCUCAUGUUCCUAUCCAAACUUGCCUUUCAAUGAGGCCCUCCGAAAGGAAAGUGAGAAGCUUCAGGUUGAACUUCAAAGGUCACAGAGCAACAUGGAUCUGGGUUCGUGUGAGGUUAUCCAACACCUGCUUGGAGUAACCAAAACUGUGGAAUCUACAAUUCCAGAGAAAGAAACAAAUGUUAAAGCUCCAGAAAAGAAGGGUUCAAACUACAGUGAAUCCAAAGGAGAGACUGCAAAAUCGUUUGAUGAUGAUGACGACUAUCCUAAGAAGCAAAACGAUGACUAUCCUAAGAAGCAAAAGGAAACCUGCAGCACACAACGAUGCUCUUCACAAGUUCCAUAUGGUCAUGAUCUUGUCUCAAGUAGAGGAUCGUACAGCGAUGAAUGGCAUGCAGAUUUACUUGGCUGCUGUUCAGAACCGGCUUUGUGUUUGAAGACCUUGUUCUUCCCCUGUGGAACCUUCUCGAGAAUUGCUUCAAUCGCCAAGGACAGGCCAAUGUCUUCUGGGGAGGCUUGCAAUGAUAUUAUGGCGUACUCCCUAAUAUUGUCCUGCUGCUGUUAUACAUGCUGUGUAAGGAGAAAGCUUCGUCAAAAGUUGGACAUUGCGGGAGGCUGCUGUGACGACUUCCUUUCACAUCUGCUGUGUUGUUGCUGCGCGCUUGUUCAAGAAUGGCGGGAAGUUGAGAUUCGCGGAGCUUAUAGCGAAAAGACGAAGGUCACACCACCAGCAUGCCAGUAUAUGGAGCACUGAACAGCUGUAUGCCCGUACGGGUAGACCCGAACUUCUGUAAAGAUAUUAACAGAAUAUCUGAUAUCGUACUGCAAGAGCAGUGGUACUACACUGCUCCUGUGUAGUGUUUAUUCUUACUGUCUAUUGUUCGUCCUGGUCCUGGAACUUGCAUGUAUAUGUUGGGGCAUAGCACCAGAGUAUGUACUCUGUAAAAACACAUCAGUUACAGGCUGGUAGAGCCUAACAUCGCU